CAGGCCGCUUUGGGAACCAGGCCGAGCACCUCCUGGGCGCGCUGGCCUUCGCGCGCGCCCUCAACCGCAGCCUGGCCGUGCCGCCCUGGAUCGAGUACCGGCACCAGCGCCCGCCCUACACCAACCUGCACGUGCCCUACGGCGAGUACUUCGAGCUGGAGCCGCUGCGGCGCUUCCACCGCGUGCUGAGCCUGGAGGAGUUCAUGGAGCGCCUGGCGCCCGCGCGCUGGCCGCCGGGCCGCCGCGUCGCCUACUGCUUCGAGGCGGCCGCGCAGCGCAGCGCUGACCGCACCGCCUGCCCCAUGAAGGAUGGAAACCCGUUCGGUCCCUUCUGGGACCAGUUCAAGGUGGAUUUCGAUAGGUCUGAGCUCUUCAAGGGAAUUUCCUUCAGUGCCGCAUACAAGGACCACUGGAUCCAAAGGUUUCCACCAUCCGAGCACCCUGUCCUUGCCUUGCCUGGAGCUCCAGCCCAGUUCCCGGUCUUGGAGGAGCAUCGACCUCUGCAGAAGUACAUCGUGUGGUCUGACAAAAUGGUGAAGCAGGGGGAAGCCUAUAUUCACUCUCUCCUCGUGAGGCCCUACGUGGGAAUCCAUCUGCGCAUCGGCUCCGACUGGAAAAAUGCCUGUAAUAUGUUAAAGGAUGGGACAGCUGGGCCUCACUUCAUGGCUUCGCCUCAGUGCGUGGGCUACGACCGCAACACUGCGGGGCCUCUUACCAUGGACAUGUGCCUGCCAGGCCUCAAAGAGAUCAAGCGCGCUCUCAAGCUCUGGGUGGAAAAGACAGAAGCGAAAUCUGUUUAUAUUGCUACUGAUUCCGAGCCCUACACCAAGGAAAUACAGCAGUUCUUCCAAGGAAAGAUCAAAGUUGUAAGCUUGCAGCCUGAAGUGGCCCAGAUUGACCUGUAUAUUCUUGGCCAGUCCGAUCACUUUAUCGGCAACUGCGUCUCUUCGUUUACAGCSUUCGUGAAGCGGGAGCGCGAUGUGCACGGAAAACCCUCCUCGUUUUUCGGCAUGGACCACCCGCCAAGGUUACGGGAUGAAUUCUGACCCAGGGAGAAGUGGGCUURAUAGUUCUCAGGGCUCUGAGCUCGGUACCUCGCCGAGGGACCCCUCAAACUUAACGCUGUUCCGCCGUGUGUGGAGCGCUCAGCCACACUGGGCUGUGGACUGAUCUGCAAGGUUUUGUUACUCUUCACAGUGAUUUUUAGACUGCUCUGUCUGACUUCUCAGUUCUCCCAUACUUCUGGCAUGAGAUCAGGCAGAAAGGAAAUUUUAAAUCAUGUAGCUCAUAGGAAACUACAUAGUUUCCUGUUCUCGUUAUUUGGGAUUUGACAACGAUUAUGAUCAAGCAGCUGCUCAAAUUUAUUCUCCUUCUUAUUCCCUUUUUAUUCCACUCUUAAAUCUCCUUUUACCUGGAGAUGUUGAAAAGCUGCUUAUUGUCCAAAACUGACCGUAAAUUCUCUUUAGUGCACAUAUUUUCCGGAAGAUCAUGGAAGGCUUGAGAGAAAAAUCUGGGUUUUAUCAGGUAUUGCUGCUGCCUUAUUAGAGCCAAAUCACCUCUGUGCCUCAGUUCCCGUUCCCCUGGAAAGACACUAAAUUCCUGGGAUAACCACCUGCUUCCCAGCAGUGCUGUGAGCRUCAGCACUCGUGCAGCUCCCACCUUGGUGGUGCUGCGGACACGCCGGGGUCGCGGUGUGACGCUGCCCGGGGCCGUUCAGCUGCCCUUGGUACCUGCACUGCCCUGGUGAAGGAGGAUUUAGGGGGCAUUUUUUGUAGACAGGCUUGAGGGGAGACUGGGGGCUUGGUAGCUGUUAAUUUAAGGUGGAUGCCUGUGGUAGAAAUGUUACGUUUCUAAUUUUCUGAGUUAAGAAUUAGUUGAGAAUUAGUUAAGAAUUAUUAGGUUGAUGUAUGUCUUAUCUAGGUCCAUGUUAAUGGUUUUCUGGUUUCUGUUGUGUAAAAUAAUCCCUCUGACAGCAGCAGUGCUAUUUCCCAUUGUAGCUAUCUGCAGAAAACGUUAGCUGAUAGUGGAACAGUUACCACAAAGGCAGAAUAGCUUGCCCCAGGACAGUUUAGUGCUGGUGGUGGUGAUAAUCUGUUAAAUCUCCAUCUGACCGAUGUCUUUAGUGAUGCCUAAGACUUUUCGAAGGCUGAGUGUAGAAUUUACUGUUUACUUUUUGGAAAUGGUGAGUAGCUCAAGCUGUAGUGCUGAGGUGACCGCCUCUGAUGUGAUCCCAUGRCCUGUGGAACGCUCUCCCAGUCUGUUUACUAGGACUUAAUUCUGAGUGCCUGGGUGGUUUUUUUUUUUUUUUUCCCCUUUUUUUUCCUUCCCCUCUCCCUUGGGAAGUGUUCCUUAAAGGAAUUUGAAGGUUCACAGGAGCAAAAGAGGCCAAGUUGGAUGAGUUACCUGCCGUGUUCGGGUGGCAUCACCCUGUGUCUGGAUCCCU